AUGGCAAUCAACUGGGCUCAGGCUCUACAGCUUUCGAGCUUGCUUCUAGCUACUCACUCCUCUGGCUACGGACUUUGCUCCGACAGAUUAGCCUUACAUAACACAUUACUCUUAUCUGACCGAGACACGAUCACUCGACAGUGGUUCCGAGCCUGGGACUUCGGGCGCAAGUAUGGGCCUGUCGUAGUGACUGGCUCUGGACUGGGAUUCCUUGGUGCUGCACUGCUAGACGGCUUGGAUAGCCCUGGCUUCUCUCUCAACAUCUCCGCUGCACUCUCAAUGGGACUAGUUGUCUUCUAUACCGUCUUUUACGUUUUUCCAGUUAAUGACAAGCUUCUGGCGGCCCACUCAAGAUUGAUCAGCCAGAAGAAGUCUGAUAACGCUUCUCAGACGACUGACGAGAUCCGAAAUCUGGCGGCUGCAUGGAAAACUGCUGAUCUAAAACGAACCCUACUCUCGACGUUUGCGGCCGUAGCAGGCUUGAUUGCUGCGUGGAUCAUCGCGUCGAAACUUGCCCUCGGGCAGGUGACCAAAACAUUCAACAGCCCUAUUGCCCGGACAUGGGCCCUUUGGUCCUCGUUCGGAGCCGCUCACCUCUACAUAGCCGGCUGUGAUACCGUAGAGUUGCAUGGGUUUGGUGUUGGGUCUGUCCGCGUUCUCUCCAUGUACGGCAACAAGGUCCACGAAACUUUGAAAUAUAUUGACCCCGCCACCCAUUCCUACGCAUAUUCGAUUGCCGACUCACCUGGAUUUCCAGCCACUGGGUCCCUCGGUUUCAUCCAGUUACAAGAACUCACAAAGGGGCAAACGCAGAUAACGUGGAGAGGUUUUGCAGAUCGUGUUGUACCGGGUGCCGAGGAGUCUUUAAAGCUGCAGUUGGAUGCACUAUAUAAUGACUCUAUUGAGAAGGCCCGCAAAGCCUUGGAGAAGUAG